AUGGGCAGCACAUUGGUGGAGGUCAUGAGUCUUGUCUUAGGGAUCGUGUCGUUUCUGUUUUUCAUUGCGUGCAGCACAACGGACUGCUGGAGGCAAGAUGCCAAGGAUCCUUACUCCUCCGUGGGCUUGAGUUCUAGAUGCCGGGGCCUAUGGAGCGAAUGCGUGUAUGACCACAUGGCCAACAUCUGGACCUGCGACAUCCCAAUCUCGUAUCUCAGUGAGCAUCCAGUGCCCCUGGUGGCCACCCGGGCCUUGGUCAUCGUGAAUGCCAUUCUCACCUUUGCUGCAACACCACCUCUGGUUCUUGGAAUGAAAUGUAUCAAAUUCAUCAGCGGAGAAGGUGAUCUCAAGAGGAAACUUUCACGAGCUGCUGGCCUAAUGCUGCUUCUAGGAGGCGUCUGUGGAGGUGUCGCAUUGUUCUGGUAUGCUGUUGACACAGUACUAAAGUACAGGAUGGAGGUGGUCCUGACCGUCCCUGGGAUCACAUAUGAACUCGGAUAUUCUUACUGGUUUGCUACUGGCUCCACUGGAUGUGCAUGCGUUGCGGCUUUCCUGCUCCUCUCUAUGAACUGUAGAAGGGACAUCACUGCUGAGACAAAAUCUGCCAGUGCUAUUCGUCAGAGAGCCCACAACAAUGCAAUGACCUAUCUGUGA